AUGCGUCUCUCUCCAGCAUGGUAUCAGUUUCUGGUGGGCGUGUUCGCCUCGCUAGGUUCAUUCUUGUAUGGAUACGAUCUCGGCGUCAUUGCUGAAGUCAUUGCCUCCGGAUCAUUCAUAUCCAGGUUCAACCUAGAUGAUACGCAAUCCGGACUUGUGGUGUCCAUGUUUACUGCAGGCGCUUUCUGUGGUGCAGCAUUCGGAGGCCCCUCUGGCGACAUGCUAGGUCGGCGAUGGACUAUCACCGUUGGUUGCAUUAUCUUCUGUCUUGGAGGUGGCCUUCAGACUGGAGCACAGACAACUGCCUAUCUUUAUAGCGGGAGAUUCAUUGCUGGUCUGGGGGUUGGCUUCCUCACCAUGGUCAUCCCCCUUUACCAGGCGGAAAUCUGCCAUCCUAACAUUCGAGGCCGGGUCACAGCAUUGCAACAAUUUAUGCUAGGCGUUGGCUCUCUAUGUGCCGCUUGGAUCUCCUACGGCACAUAUAUUGGUUUCGCUAACACCAAUGACGCCCAAUGGCAGCUUCCUCUUGGUUUGCAGAUUGCACCAGCUGUAUUUCUUGGAUUUUUGAUUAUGCUAUUUCCCGAGUCACCACGUUGGCUCAUUGACCACGGUCAUCACGAGCAAGGCUUGAAGACUUUGGCAGAGCUUCACGCCCACGGAAAUGAAGAUGAUCCCUGGGUACAGGCCGAAUAUAAUCAGAUUCAGGAGAGCAUUGUGUACGAGCACGAAAAUGAAGCCAAAUCCUACAAAGAACUUUUCACAUCGCGUUCAUCCUUUCGUCGUCUGUUCCUGUGCUGCGCAUUACAGGCAUCUGUGCAGAUGACUGGUGUAUCUGCGAUCCAAUACUACUCCGUGACCAUCUAUGGGCAAAUCGGCAUCAGUGGUGAUGAAACUCUAAGAUACCAGGCCAUCAACUCCAUCAUCGCUCUAGUCGCUCAGUUUCUCUGCAUCCUCUUCAUCGAUCGACUUGGUCGCCGCUGGAGUUUGAUCUGGGGCAAUCUAGGUAACAUGGUAACCUUUAUCAUCGCCUGCAUACUGUUGGCACAGUUCCCGCCAGAGAGCAACAAUACCGGAGCCCACUGGGGCUUUAUCAUCAUGACUUGGUUAUAUAAUUUCUCGUUCUCGUGCACCUGUGGUCCUCUCUCUUGGAUCAUUCCAGCAGAGGUGUUUGACACUCGGACUCGUUCCAAGGGCGUUUCACUGGCCACCAUGACAUCGUACGCAUUCAACACGAUGACUGGGCAGGUAACGCCCAUUGCCAUGGAGAGAGUACGCUAUCGGUAUUAUUUCCUCUUUAUCAUUUGCAACUUCACCAAUGCGGUGUUCUUCUGGCUAUUGCUUCCUGAGACGAAGAAGUUGCCACUGGAAGAGAUGAACUAUCUGUUUUCGAACUCUCCGUGGAUUGUGGCGGGACGUAGCAGGGAGGACUUUGUCCGUCAUGAUCUGGAACGAAGAGUUGAGGAGCAGCAGGAGAAGAGAGAGGCGUUUGCAACCCAUAAUGAGGUGAGUUAG